AUGUAAUAUGAUCGAUCACUUUUGACAGUUGAUAUUUUAGGAGCCCAACCUAAAUCUAGAAAUUCUUACAUGAAUAGGUUAUUGCCACAUUAAAUGAGAUAUGAAGAACAAAUAAGAGUUUAGUAAUGAAUAUAAAGUCAUGAAAGACAAUAAAUUCCAAAAUAAGAUUAUAAAUUUGGAAGAAGAAGGUACUAACAUGAUUUCCAUCAUUUUUGCAAUAUAUGUAUUCCAUAAGGAGAAGAGUACUUUGAAAAAUCCAAUAAGAAACACUUUAUAAUUCCAGAAGGAGAAAUCAAAUAAUAUAAAGCAUUGGAGAAUUAUUAUGAUCAACCUAAGUAUGAUAAUUGUUUUUGAUGAGGAUAAAUUGAGGCUGAUAGGUUACUAUGUACAAAUGACAUUGAUGGAGCAGUUCCUGGUUCUUUAUAGAGUAAAGCAGUCCGUAAUCAAGAGGUAGCUUAAAAGAUGAGAAUAUAAAGAGAAGAAUAGAAGGCAUAAAAAAAUAAAGCAUUAUAUUAAUCCCAAAUUGAAUAGAGUUAUGAAGAAUAAGAAGCAUACUCUCCAUAACCUUAAAGAAAUAAAUCAUUUUCAGUUUAACUAUCCCCAGUUUAAUAAUCGAUAGUAAAAACCUAACCCUAUGAUUAUAUGAAUAAACCAUUAAAAUUACCUCCAAUUAGUGAUAGAAUAGUAGCUUUCACAAAUCCAACAAACAAUAAACUACAGCUUCGAGAGAAUCCUUUAGGUUUUUAAUCCUAAGAUUAGGAUAAGACAUUAAAGUUGAUAUAGAAGUAACCAGCAUUGAGAUUAUUUGUUUGA